AUGGCCGUGUUCGAAGAGGAAGAGGAGGACGCGGGCGGCGGGCGACCGCUGCCGCCCCAGCGCCCCUUCCGCCCGUUCCGUAGCCACGAGGAAUACCUGUACGCCCUGAAGGAGGACCUGGCCGAAUGGUUGCAGGGGCUCUACGGGCUGAGCGUUUCGGCCGACGAUUUUCUGGACGCCCUGGAGACCGGGGUGCUCCUGUGCCGGCAUGCCAACCGCGUGAUCGCAGCGGGGCCCCCAAGUGGCGGGGCCCCGGCCCUGAUAUACCGGCCCGAGGUGCAGCCGGGCACCUUCCACGCCCGGGACAAUGUGCACAACUUCAUCGCGUGGUGCCGGGCCGGGCUAAGGAUCAAGGAGUGCCUGCUCUUCGAGACAGACGAUCUGGUGAUGCGGAAGAACGAGAAGAACGUGGUGCUUUGCCUCCUGGAGGUAGCGAGGAGGGGCGCCCGGCUGGGGAUCCCGGCGCCCCUGCUCGUGCAGAUGGAGCGGGAGAUCGACGCCGAGAUCGCGCGGGGCACGCCGCCCUCCUCCCUGUCGCUGAGGGGCAGUUCGGACGAGGGGGGCCACGAGGCAGACGACGAUUCGGAGUACGAGCCCCCGGCGGCGGCGACGCCCCGGCAACAACAGAUCAUCACAAACGACCUGAGGUCCCUGCACGAAAGGAAAUGGGUUCGUCGGCACCAUCAGGUGUACCUGCAUUGA